AUGAGCUUCAACAAUUUUAAUAAGGAACCACCUCCUGAGUAUUUAAAUCAUAUUUAUGAAAGUGAUAUUGUAGAAUUCUAUUUAAAAUUAGACAAUGAUUUAUUAAUAAAAUUUCCUUUUUUACAUGUAGAUCACCCUUUACAUGAAUAUUAUCAAUUCAUUAAAUUAAAUACAACAAAAAGAAUAAUAAAAAAGUAUCCAAAUUUUAUACCUAGAUCUCUAAAAAACCUUUUUGAAUUUGUUGUUGAAUUAGAAAAUAAAAAAGUAACUAAGAAUGAAACAACAACAAAAAUACUAAAAGAAAAACAAAUGAAAAAUUUAAAAGAAAAAAAAAAAAAAAAAGAUGAAGAAAAAGAUCAAUCAUAUUCUACUCUUUUUAUGAAAUAUAUGGAAUCGGAUGAAGAAAGUGAUAAAACAAUAAAAGAAGAAAAAGAAGAAAAAGAAGAUUUAACUAAUAAUGAAAAUUUUAAAGAGGUGGAUGAUAUUGUUAACAAAUUUCCACCUAAAAAUGAAUCAUCCAACAAUUAUUUACAAUUUCUAAUAAGAUGUAUAGAAAAUUUAAAAUAUUUGCAAUAUGGAUCAAAAGAAUAUGAUUACUUCACAAAAAAAUUGUUAUGCAGUAAAAGUGAUUCAAAUUUUAUAUCAAGGAAAAUUACUUCUAUAGAUUUUUUAACCUUUAUCUAUAAAUUGGAUGAAUAUAAAAUAAAUUUUGAGAAUAUAUGUGGAAAUAUAAAUGAAGAUGAAAAGGUAGAAGAAAAAGAUAAUUUAAAAAUGAUACAGGAUUACAGAAGAGAAAGAGCAAAACUAAUACUUCAUGGUUUUAAAAAAAAGUAG